AUGUUUCGAUUUGGUGACGUGCUAUUCAUCAAAGGAGAUUGUAGUUUCCUGGCGAUAUCAUUGUGGGUGGUGACAUUGAGUGUACAUGGUGGAGCAGAUGUAUUCGUGUUUGCGUCAAGAGCAUGCGUAACUAGUGGCAGUGUUGUCGACGGACGUGUGCGACAGAAUGUACUGCAUGAAGGUUGUCAAUUAGACAGCACCAAGACCAAAGUACGAGUCACGGUCCAUGUCGAGGCGGCAAGUGUCGAGUUGAAAGGUGCGAAUCAAGUCGAAGAGGUCCGAGUUGUCAAGUGGAGAACCAAGCCGACUAGUGGCCAAUGUUUUUGCUUGGUUCAUGGUUGUUUGGUGUCUGUUGAAGUGCUCGGAUGGAGAGGCUGCGCUUUUCAUGCAGAUUCUGCGACCCAAGUGGUCGUUCGUUAG